GGUGAGUCGAAAAAGGAAAAUCGAAAGUAAACCUCAGAUCGCUGUAGGAAGCCCAACCAGACUGUAGCAAUAGAGAAGCCUGAGAGCCUGAAAAGAUGUCGGCCAUGUUCUGCGUCUCUGAAGAAGACCUCUCCUGCCCAGUGUGCUGGGACAUCUUCACGGAGCCUGUGGUCCUGCCUUGUAGCCACAGCUUCUGUAAGGAGUGCGUGCAGACGUACUGGGAGGGCCAAGACUCUCACAAUUGUCCAACAUGCAGGGCAGAGUCUCCUGAGGAUGAACCCCUCCCUGCCAGCCUGCUUCUAAAGAACCUUUGCAUGUCAGCGAAAAAGCAGAGAGACCGGAGGGAGGCCAAAGGAUCAGAGUUUAUAGGACUCUGUAACCACCACAAUGAAGAGAUUUCCCUGGUCUGCCUAGAGGAGUGCCAGCCUAUCUGUGUCACGUGCCACACCAAUGGGGAGCAUAAGAAUCACGAGUGCCGUCCAAUCAAAGAGGUCGAGCUGGAACUUAAGGACAGCGUACUGGAAGCACUAGAGACUCUGCACAAGAAGCUGAUGACCUUCUGCGAAGCCGAACACUCCUGUGAUAAAACAGCACUGCAUAUACAUAGCCAGGCCGAGUACAUGAUACUGCACAUUAAGAAGGAGUUCAGGACCCUUCAUAACUUUCUAUAUGAUGAGGAGGAAGCCAGGAUUUCUGCUGUGAUGAAAGAAGAGCAGUUGAAAAGUAACAUUGAGAAAAAUAAGGCUGAGAAAUUUACCAGAGAGAUAAAAUCUCUUCAGGGCAAAAUCCUAGAAACUGAAGCGGAGAUGAAACGUGGCACUCUACCAUUUCUGAAGAACUAUGAAGCCACAAUGAAAAGUGCCCAGUGCACCCUACCAGAUCCAGAGCUGGUUCCAGGAGCUCUGAUGGAUGUGGCCAGACACCUGGGCAAUCUCAACUUCAGAGUUUGGGAAAAAAUGCAGAGCCUUGUAAAAUUCACUCCUGUGACAUUGGACCCCAACACAGCCAACAGUUGUCUCACCUUGUCUGAGGACCUGACCCACAUGUGGGUCCGCGAUGAGGCACGGUCGCUACCGGACAACCCAGAGAGGGAUGAAUACUACCAGUGUGCCCUGGGCUCCACAGGCUUCUGCUCAGGGACGCACUCCUGGGAAGUGGUGGUCGGGGACAGUACUGUCUGGGCCUUGGGCGUGGCAUACCAUACCACUUCAAGGAAAGGAAAGCCUGAUCUGAGUCCCGAGGGGGGGUUCUGGACAAUAGCUCUGUACGACGGGAUGUACACAGCGCAGACCACGCCCUCCACACCCCUCGCUAUCGAGGGGAAACCCAAAACGAUCGGAGUCCAUCUGAACUGGAAAGAGGGCGAGGUGACUUUCACUGACCUAAGCAACAACGCCCACAUGUACACUUUCAAACACACCUUCACUGAAAGGGUGUUCCCGUACUUUGCUCACGGCUGCAAAUCGAGCCCUCUGUAUUUACAACCUUCCGAGGUGUCUGUGGUCACCAAAAGGUCUGACAUGUGGCCGUCCCUAGUUCCUUGCUGGGGAUGGUAAUAAUACGUUUUCCCCAAUGCAUUCCUGAACAUAUAAGCAUUGAUUUGUUAAAAUGAACACUCAUUGACUUUCCUUGAAAUGGGACUCUACUUUGUUCUUUUUCUAGAUUUUUAUCAUUUUCCAUGAGUAAAACUAAGUACACUGUACUUACUCAUUUGGGAGAUGGGAGAUUGGGACAUAUAUUUUUAGAUUGUUUUUUGUUUGUUUGUUUUCUUUCUAUUUUGCCUUUUAGCAUUUACUUUUUUAUAUUGUUGCAAUAAAAUAUUUUUUUAACCUGGCGUUUUGGGUUUGGUGCCAAAUACAAUGGGUACUAUGUUACCUUUAUUGUAUUUCUAAAAAUUGACAACAAUGGUCCAAUCCUUGCAGAAUAUGAAGGUGUGCAGGCUUACAACCAACCAAUCAAUAAAUCAAUCAAUCGAAAAACUAGUUAUUCAACUAAAAAUUUCUUUGAUCCGUUCUUGGGCAAUAAGAAAACCAAGUGGACAAACACAACAUGUUAUAUUCGGUAAUGUAAGACCUUUCUAAUAGAAAGCCAGAGAGAAAGCCUACACUUUUAAGACAAAGCAGACCUUGGGUUGGACUAGCAUAUUACAGCUGGGGAAGAAGCUUAGGGAAACAUGGUACUAAAUUAAGCUUUGUGGAGGAAAAUCAUUUUUACAUCACAAUUGCCAGAAUUGAACACUUCUAAAAUUCAUCCAGAUAUUGAUUCUGACUGCUGGGCUUUAUCAGAGAGUUUUUUUUUUUUUUUUCUUUAUUCUAGCUGAGGAACUCAGUCAUAAGUGAAAACUGUUUCACUCUAUGUUCUUCCCUUUGGCUUUUGCAAUGUAAAAUCAUUCUGUUUGAGCGAUUAAGUGCCUGUGUUUGAGAUCUGUCAUAGUUAAAGAAAACAUGCAUGCCACCACUUCAUUUAUGCAAAGGCAGCCCAAGGUGAAAAAUGUUGUACAGUUCAUUGGGCUCCCAAUGCUCAACCCGUCCCCCCUUGUUGGCAAUCCCUCAACAUGGCACCUUCUGAGCUGUGUUCUCUUCUCUACCUGUCUGAAUUAAUGAAUGAAUGAAUAAAUAAAUAAAUAAAUAAAUAAAAA